UAAAAAGCAUUUGUACAUGGUAGUAAGCACACCUAGCUAGCCAUUUUGGCAAUGGAAAAAACUCUACACGUAGGAGAAAAUCACAUGAAUCCUCGUGAACAAUGAUGACAUCGUCCUCUUAAUCCCCAGGGACACAUGAUAGCUACGAUUUAUAGAGGGGCAAAAAUUAAUAACAAAGUCAAGAAGGUGGUAAUUUUUACUCGAGAGAAAAUGGACACAAUUCAAAUAAUAGUGACAGUAUGUUGUGCUGCCAUAAUUACUCUCUUUGUGUAUCUAUGGAGGUGCUGAAUUGGAUUUGGUUCACGCCAAAGAAGUUGGAGAAGUUGUUGAGGAAACAAGGUUUAAAAGGGAAUUCAUACAGAACAUUGUAUGGUGACAUGAAAGAUUUUUCUAGGAUGAUUAAGGAAGCUAUCUCAAAGCCUAUGAAUCUGUCUGAUGAUGGUGAUGAUGAUGUAGCCCCAAGGAUGGUGCCUUUCUUUCUUGAAACCAUCAAGAAAUAUGGGAAAAAAUCUUUUAUAUGGUUGGGUCCAAGACCACAAUUACUGAUCAUGGACCCUGAGCUUAUAAAGGAAGUACUCUCGAAAACCUAUUUGUAUCAAAAGCCUCGUGGAAAUCCAUUAGUAAGAUUGUUGAUACACGGACUAGCAAGCCUCGAGGAAGACAAAUGGGCCAAACAUAGAAAAAUCAUCAAUCCCGCUUUCCAUCUAGAGAAGUUAAAGCAUAUGCUUCCAGCUUUUUACUUGAGCUGUAGUGAGAUGUUGAGCAAAUGGGAAGACAUUGUUCCACUUGAAGGCUCACUUGAGAUAGAUGUAUGGCCUCACCUUCAGCAAAUGACUAGUGAUGUAAUCUCCCGGACAGCUUUUGGAAGUAGUUACGAAGAAGGUAGAAAGAUUUUUGAACUUCAAAAGGAACAAAUUCAGCAUCUUACCGAAUCUAUGCAAUCAGUUUAUAUCCCAGGAUGGAGAUUUUUGCCAACAAAGAGGAACAGAAGAAUGAAGGAAAUAAAAAAGGAUGUUCGCUCCUCAAUUAGAGGUAUCAUUGACAAAAGAUUGAAGGCAAUGGAAGCAGGGAAUGCUGAUAAUGAGGAUCUAUUGGGCAUAUUUCUGGAAUCGAAUUUUAAAGAAAUUGAACAAAACAGAAACAAGGACUUUGGAAUGAGCAUCGAAGAAGUCAUUGAAGAAUGCAAGCUAUUCUAUUUUGCUGGCGAAGAAUCUACAUCAGCGUUGCUCCUAUGGACUCUAGUGUUGAGCAGAUAUCAAAAUUGGCAGGCACGGGCCAGAGAAGAAGUCUUGCAAGUGUUUGAGAGUCAAAAACCAGAUUUUGAUGGAUUAAAUCGUCUGAACGUUGUGACGAUGAUCUUGUAUGAAUCACUAAGGUUAUAUCCCCCAGUAAUAACAAUUGGCCGGCGGGCCAAUGAAGACAUUGUGUUAGGAGAAGUAUCUAUACCAGCCGGUGUACUAAUCUCAUCGCCAGUGAUCAUAUUGCAUCAUGAAGAGAUAUGGGGUGAAGAUGCAACUCAGUUCAAUCCAGAGAGAUUUAAAGAAGGAACAUCAAGUGCAACAAAGGGUCAAGUUGCAUAUUUUCCAUUUUCUUGGGGUCCUAGAAUAUGCAUUGGACAAAAUUUUGCCAUGUUAGAAGCAAAGAUGGCUUUGUCAAUGAUCCUACAAAGCUUCUCUUUUGAACUUUCUCCAUCAUAUGCCCAUGCUCCUCUGCCCAGGAUAACCAUGCAGCCUCAGUAUGGUGCCCCUCUUAUUUUCCACAAACUAUAAUUUGGUAUUUCAACUGUUCCCCUUGGGCCGACCGUCAACCAAAAACAACCUCUCUACCCCUCACACGCUUUCCAGAUUCUUCUAUUUAUGGGACACUUGGUAUGUUGUUGAUUGUAAGAUAUAUAAGUUUGUACUUCUUCCAUUUAUUUUUAGUUGUCGACAAUGCACUUUUCACGCUCUUUAAGAAAUAAUAAAUGAAGUGCCUAUUUUUUUA